UGUCAACUGUCAACAUAUCGAUGAAUGUUUUAUCAUUGCUAUCACGGUGCAAUUAAUGCGUUCGCCGCUGACGCCAUACACGUAUCGCCCUCCCCCAAGGUUUGCAAAAAUGAUUCGUCAUUUUCUGUCUAGCGAGAUAGAUCUAUAUAAUCGCGCGUGAGGCUAUGCGAUAACGCAUUAUCAAUCGGCGAGAUGAAGCGAGUCGUGAUAUUCGGUGCUACCGGAAACACCGGUCUGUGCUCUCUGAGAUCGGCCGUAGAAAAUGAUCUGGACGUAAGAGCUUUUGUAAGGGAUGAAGCCAAAAUUCCUGAAGACCUUAAAAAUAAAAUUGAAUCAGUCGUUGGAGAUGUUACUAAUGCAGAGCAAGUUACAAAAGCGGUAGCUGAUAGAGAUGCUGUUGUUGUAGUUCUAGGAACCAGGAAUGAUUUGAGUCCUACUACUGUAUUAUCUCAAAGCUUAAAGAAUAUAAUAGAUGCCAUGAAAACACAUAAUGUUGAACUAAUCUCUGUAUGUCUGUCUGCAUUUUUAUUCUACAAACCUGAAGCAGUACCUGCUAUAUUUAAAGACUUAAAUGCAGAUCAUCAACGCAUGUUUGACAUGAUCAAGACGAGUGGACUGAAGUGGAUAGCGAUAUUGCCACCACACAUAGCAGAUACACCAAAAUCAAAGUACACUGUCACAUUCGACUCUUCACCUGGACGCGCAAUCUCCAAACACAAUUUAGGCGCGUUUCUCGUAGAGUGUCUCAUGAAACCAGAGUAUUAUCAAAAAGUUUGUGGCAUCGCCAACAUUUCAUGAAAGAAUGGAAGACCACAGAUAAGGAAAGCAUGAUAUUUGAAAUAAAUAUAGAAGAGCAGUCUGACUCGCGAAAUAAAUUGUACUAAAAAAUAGAGAAUAAAUCUAUCUAUCUACUAAUCAUUAUAAAUUAAAGUUAAUUAAAGUUAAAAAUAGCUAAAAGAAAGAAUUCUGUGAUUCUUUACAGAUGUUAUGUUGUAAGAACAAAAUCUAAAAUAUAGGUCACAUUGCUUGGGUAAAUUGAAAAGUCAAAUGCAUUUUUAUUUGCCUUAUAAUUAUGCGAAACGAUUUGCCUAAUCAAUGUUCACUAAUGAAUAUGAUCUGAACAAAACACUGUUCAAGUCUUCUACUAAAAUAUGAUAUAUUAAAUUAUCUAUCCUGUUUUAUAGUU